AUGCCGUCUCCAGAUAAUCGAAAACAAGAUCGCAUUUGGUUGGAGACAAUGGUUGAGGUGCCUUCUGGAGUAGGCGAUGACGACGAGCACUGGACGUCCACUAACAAU